AUGUUAGAUGAAAUUCAUAGACAAGAACGUGAAGAGAUGGAAAACAAGCUUGAAGCAAAAGACAAAAGCCUUCAGAAAAGAAUACCACGUUCGGUACCAAAAGGAAAGGAAAAGAACUAUAAGUAUAUGAUUUAUACUGAAGAGAUGGAAAAUGAAGAAGACAGAGAUAUGGUUAUGUUGCAUUUAGUCAGAAGAAACAACAAAAGCUUUUACGACCUUGCUAAGAUUUACAAAUCUGACAGAAAUUGGUUCUAUCGCGAAAACUUACCGAUUUCAAUGACACCGAAUGAAGAUGUGAAACAAAUAGUUCAAGAUACGUUACCUCAAACACACUAUGAUAUUAAAGGUUGUACAAUACUUACCUUCAAAGAAGAUUUGCCGCUACUGAAAGAAAAAAUAACAGAGUAUUUUGACAACUUCAAACAAGUAGAGUAA